AUGCGACGAAACGGUUGCUGGCGCAACCAAAGGACACGCACGCAGAAGGCACGUCCUUGUCACGAACGGCCGACCAGACGGCCCCAGGCUGACAACCCUCUUUUAGUCACCAGGGAUAGUUACUCUGCCCCACUCAAGAUUCUUGAGUACAAUGCCAGGCUACCAUAUCCUCAGAAACUCCAUAAGGCAGAAAAGGAUAAGCAAUUUGCCAGGUUUUUAGACAUCCUCAAAACACUUGAGAUCAAGAUCCCGUUUCCUGAAGCCCUUGAAAAGAUACCAUCCUAUGCCAUGUUUAUGAAGGACAUAUUAAGCCACAAAAGGGAUUGGAGGGAGGCAGAGACAAUUCUCCUCACCAAAGAAUGUAGUGCGAUUAUCAAGAGAAACCUCCCAGAGAAACUACAGGACCCUGGGAGUUUUAAACUCUGGAUCCAAGAAGUCAAGCCUACCCGCAUCUAUCUUCAGUUGGCUGAUGGCUCUGUUAAGGUCCCAUCAGGGGUGGUUGAGGAUGUGAUUGUUAGGGUUGGACCCUUUACAUUUCCAACAAACUUUGUGAUCCUAGAUAUAGAAGAGAAUAGGAAUGCUUUCAUUAUUCUUGAAAGACCUUUUCUGGCUAUAGGGAAAACCAUCAUUGACGUUCAAAAAGGGGUAGUAACACUAAGAGUUGGUAAGGAUGAAUUCAUACUCAAAGUUGUCAAGGCCAUGCAACACCCUGAUCCCCAGAAGAAUGCAUGA